AUGGUUUACAAGCGCAAGCGCCAGAGCAAGAAGGCACGGAGGACUCCAGCGCGCAAGCUGCCAAAGGCAGUCGAAGCAGCGGCUGUCGCCGCAGCACUCGUACCUGUUGGAGGCGCUGACGAAGGCGCCGCUGUGCAGCGCUGCGAUGCCGGCUUCUCUUCAGCGCUGUCAACCGACGACAGGGCUAUAUCCUGCGCGCCGGUGACCAUCAACGGCACGUGCGGCAACGCUGCUGCUGCUGAGUCGCCCACUGAAGCAAACGUGGGAUCCGCACACAAAGAGAUGCCGCAGGAACAGCAGAGCGAGAAGCCGCAGCAGCAGCAGCAGCAGCCAGGCACUUCUGGUUACCAGUGCUGCUCGGACACGUCAGGCCUCCUGUACUCUGCCCCGCCCACACCGGCCGACUUGGCCCGCUUGAGUGUAGCAAGCAGUGCUGGACUUCCGUCUGUACUGGCGGCCACCCACCUGCCAUGCAUACCAGGUGUCGCUUCCUGCAGUCCUCAAUGCGGGGAGGAUGGCAGCGGCGAGGGUCACUAUGUCGCCUACCUUCUCUCAGAGCAGCUGAGUAACAACACCACGAUGCCAAUGACGAUGUGGGGGGUGUACUCCCUGCGCAGUGGGGACUGUCUGCAAGUGGUACGCUGGCAUCACAGCCCUGCCGCACACGCUUCACCGGUUACGAACGGUGCCCUGCACCCAUCUUCGACCACCCCCCAAGCGCAGCAGACGAAAGAACUCAUCAUGCGCGUCGAUGCCACCGGGUUGUGCUUCAUGCUUGCGCCCUCCUCGCUAGUGUCCGUGGAGGGAGGCGGCGCGGCAGGAUGCAUGACGCCGGCUUCGGUCUCCUCAGAGCCAGACGCAGCCGCAGCAGGAGCAGCGGCGUCGGGGGACGUCUAUUGGCUGAUACCCUCCAUGAUGAAGGAGAGUUUUCUUGCGCUUCUCCAGGCCCAGGAGUGGCUACGCACGGCACCGCCUCGCCACCCAGCUUCCGACACAUGUGUCCGGCGCUUCGAGUGUCAAGGCUGGUGUGUUCAGCCCCACCCAACGCGGUGGGCGAGUGUCACGCCGUCCUUGAAGGCAACUGCAAGUGCGGCCGAGGCGUGGGAGCCGCGUGAGUCGCCGUCGCCGCCAACUGCCGCACUGCCGGCGCCACGGCGCACAGCGCAGAAGGCAAAGCGACGACGCGGCUCACCGUCGCCACGCGCGCAGCCGCCGCAGCAGCAGCCAUCCAUCAUGGCCGCUGCUGCGGCGGCUCCGUUGCAGAACACGGCGAGUACCACGCGCUCCAGACUUGCGCUUGCUGACGCAACGCCAUCGUCGCCUUCUCACUACCGAAUUCCGUACGUGGCGGCAGUGCCGCAACUUCAGAAGCGCUGCAGCGGUGCAACUGCGUCCCACUUGCCGUUGACGGCAGGGCCAGCAGCAGCUGUAACACCGGUGGUUCUCCUCCUUGGCAAUCGCAUUGCCCCAUACCCGGCCGACGGAGCGUGUGGCGCGAAGACGUGA